AUGUGUACAGUGUACAAGGAGGCCUACAGGAGGAAGAUAGAGAGCUUAUACACAGACAACAACCCCCACCAGGUGUGGAGAGGCAUCCAAGCCCUCUCCAACUUCAAAGUGACCACUGCUCCUUCUACAAACACACUGACCAUGACUUCAGCUAAUGCGUCCCACAUUGGCCGAGUGUGCACAACUUGGGGAUACUAUCACUUCAAAACUUUUGAUGGCGAUUUCUUCCAGCUGAAUUCGAGUUGUAACCAUGUCCUUGCAAUACAAUGCAAGGGCAGCUAUGAGAACUUUAAUAUCCAGAUGCGGCGGAGCUUAGUCAACAACAUCCCCACAAUCAGCAAAAUCAUCAUGAUGCUGGAAGGAUCUGAGGUGGAGCUCUCUAACAACUCAGUGCUUGUCAAUGGCAAGAUGGAAUCUCUUCCAUUUAGUAAAUCAGGAGUGACUGUCAAGGGGACCACAUCUAGUAUCUCUGUUGAAGCUAAUCUGGGAAUAAAGGCAAUCUGGAACCUGGAUGACUCCCUUGAUAUUGAAAUAGAUGAGAAAUAUCGGACUCAGACAUGUGGACUGUGUGGAAACUUUGAUGGCAUAUCCAAUGAAUUCCUGAAUGAUGGAACUCCACUGUCUGUGGUGGACUAUGCUGAGACCUGGAAGAUAAAUGGCCCCACAGAGUACUGUGAGGAGACUGACAUUAACCCAGUCCUGAGCUGCGGUGAUAAGCAAUUCUGUGACCAGACUUUCUCCAGUGAUCCCUUUGGUGAUUGCCAAAACAUUCUUGACGUGGAAUCCUUUAGUAAAGCCUGUAUGGUGGACAUGUGCAACUCUAUAGACAACACUACUUUGGUCCUCUGCAAAACACUUUCAGAGUUCUCCAGACAGUGCAUCCAUGCAGGUGGCAAACCCCAAGAAUGGAGGAAUGAUACAUUUUGCUACAAGAAAUGUCCAUACAACAUGGUUUUCUUGGAAUGUAGCAGUUCAUGUCCUGACAGCUGUUCCACCCCUCAGGCCAGCCAGACAUGUGACAGCCACUGUCAUGAUGGCUGCAGCUGCCCUGCUGGAAUGGUCUUUGAUGACAUUGGUAACAGCGGAUGUAUCGCAGUCUCUCAGUGUCCAUGUCUGCACAACAACGAAAUCUACAAGCCAGGAGAGUCCUACUCCCACCACUGUGGAUCCUGUGUAUGUGAAAGCGGUCAGUGGAGUUGUACAGAGACGAACUGUCCAGGAAUCUGUUCUGUCGAAGGAGGAGCUCAUAUUAACACCUUUGAUGGAAAAGUCUACACAUUUCAUGGCGAUUGUUCCUAUGUUCUCGCUAAGGACAGUAAUGGUUUGUCCUACACUGUGCUGGUGGAUCUGGUCAAGUGCGGGCUAAGUGACACAAAGACUUGCCUCAGAACUGUAACUUUGGCCUUAGGCAGCAAUUCUGUGGUUGUUAAAGUUCAGGCAUCUGGGCAGGUCUAUGUGAACCAGAUUCAUUCUCAGCUUCCACUGUUUACAGCUGAUCUGAGAGUCUUUAAGCCAUCUUCCUUCUACAUCCUUGUAAGCACCACAGUGGGCAUACAACUGAUGAUUCAGCUGUCUCCCAUAAUGCAGGUGUUCAUUUCAGCUGACAAGUCACUCACAGGAACCACCUCUGGUUUAUGUGGAAACUUCAACGACAUAAUGAGUGACGACUUUAGAGUGACAAGUGGGCUGGUGGAAGGCACUGCUGCUGCAUUUGCCAACGCAUGGAAAACCAGAGCCAGUUGCCCAGACAUUAUAUCACAUUUUGGAGACCCUUGUAAUAACAACAUCCUCACAGAGAAAUAUGCGGAUUUCUGGUGCUCCAAAUUAACUGAUCCUGAGGGAGUGUUUGCUCCCUGCCACGCUGUUGUUAGCCCCAGCACAUAUAAAGAUAACUGUAUGUAUGACACCUGUAACUGUGAAAAAAGUGAGGACUGCAUGUGUGCUGCAGUUUCCUCAUAUGCCUAUGCCUGCUCAGCAGCAGGAAUCCACAUCAGUGGCUGGAGGAAAACCAUCUGUGAGACAUUCAGUACAUCAUGUGCAGCAGAAACUGUGUAUAAUUACAACAUGACCAGCUGUGGGCGUACCUGCCGUUCCCUCGGCCAGACUGACUACUCUUGUCAGGUCAACUUCACCACAGUGGAUGGCUGUGGCUGUUCUGAAGGAACUUACAUGAAUGAGGAAGGGCAGUGUGUAGCCCGUGAAAGCUGCCCCUGCUAUGCUGAAGGCAUUAUUGUUCCUCCUGGACAGACUAUCAGUAAAGAUGGCAGCACAUGUGUCUGCAGACAAGGCAUUCUCAGCUGCUCUGGAGGAACACAGCUACUAACUUCACCACAAUGCGAAUGUCCCAUGGUGUACUUUGACUGCUCCACUGCUCAACCUGGGGCUACUGGCACUGAAUGUCAAAAGAGCUGCAGCACCGCUGACAUGGCUUGUAUCCACACAGGCUGUACAUCAGGCUGCAUAUGCCCAGAUGGUCUGUUGUCAGAUGGAGCAGGAGGCUGUGUCAAUGAGACCAGCUGUCCAUGUGUACACAAUGGACAAGUCUACCAGCCUGGAGAGACACUGACAGUGGAUUGCAAUACCUGUUCCUGCAGUGGAAGGAAGUUCACAUGUACCAACAAGACGUGUGAUGCUGUUUGUGGAAUCUAUGGAGAUGGUCACUAUAUCACCUUUGACGAUAAGAGGUUCGACUUCAGUGGACAGUGUGAAUACACACUUCUACAAGACUUCUGUGGCACCUGUAAUGGCAAUGGAAGCUUCAGAAUUAUUACUGAAAAUGUUCCAUGUGGAACCACAGGAACCACCUGUUCUAAGACCAUCAAGAUCUUCUUGGGGGAUAAUGAAUUCCAGCUUAAAGAUGACAACUUACAAGUGGUAAAGGGCACUAUCCAGGCGCUUCAGGUACAAAAAAUGGGCAUUUACAUAGUGGUGACAAUCAAGCCGGGACUUGUUCUCAUGUGGGACCAGAAGACCAGUCUUUUCAUUACAAUCAGUCCACAGUUCCAGGGUCAGGUCUGUGGUCUGUGUGGAAACUAUGAUGGUAACAGUAAGAAUGACUUCACCACACGCUCCCAGGAAAUAGUAGCAGAUGUUCUACAAUUUGGUAACAGCUGGAAAGUUUCAUCUAGUUGCCCCAGUGCAGAGCUAAUCAGUGAUCCCUGUGCCUCGAAUCGCUACCGGGCAGCCUGGUCUCAAAAACAGUGCAGUAUCAUCACAAGUGUCACCUUCCAGAGCUGUCAUUCAAAGGUUGACCCUGGUCCAUAUUUUGAUUCCUGUGUGAGAGACUCCUGUGCUUGUGACACUGGUGGGGACUGCGAAUGUCUCUGUACUGCGGUGGCUGCAUAUGCUAAAGCCUGUAAUGAAGCUGGGACCUGCAUUGCAUGGAGGACUCCAAAGUUUUGUCCUAUUUUCUGUGACUACUAUAAUUCACCUGGUGAAUGUGAGUGGCACUAUAAGCCUUGUGGAGCUAAUUGCAUGAAAACAUGUAGGAAUCCAUCUGGAAACUGCUCGUCACUCAUCACCAACCUUGAAGGCUGCUAUCCACAGUGUCCCCCAAACCAACCCUACUUUGAUGAAGACACUAUGAAGUGCGUUUCCGGGGACCAGUGUGGAUGCUAUGAUGACCAAGGCAACCAUUACAACAUUGGUGAAAAGGUUCCAUCAGAGAACUGCUACACCUGUUUAUGUACAAUGUCGGGGAUACAAUGUAACUACAGUGUUAACUAUUGUAAAUGCAUCAUUAAUGGAAAAAUGUACAACUAUGGGGACAAUAUCUACAACACAACUGAUGGCCUAGGAAACUGCAUCACAGCUGAGUGUGCAGAGAAUGGAAUUGUAACAAGGAGCAUAUACCCCUGCUUUAAUACCACAACACCUGGGCCAACAACAACUCCAUUUACGUUUAGUACAAUACUAAAGACCACUUCAGGAACAGCUGCAACACCUACAGAGACAACAGCAUUUGAAUCCACAACAGCCACAGUAAUGACAACAAAAACACCAAAAAUAGUUACAUCGGGACCAACAACAUCCUCUACCACAGCUGUUGUUGAAACCACGACCACAGUUGCACAUGUUGAAACAACAGGUCAAGGAUCCACCACGGUUACAUCAAAACCAUCUGUGAGUACUGAAAUUACAUCUGGGCCUUUCACUACCACUAAAGGAACAGCUGCAACACCAUCAGAAACAACAGCAUUUGAAUCCACAACAGCCACAAUUAUGACAACAAAAACACCAAAAAUAGUUACAUCGGGACCAACAACAUCCUCUACCACAGCUGUUGUUGAAACCACGACCACAGUUCCACGUGUUGAAACAACAGGUCAAGAAUCCACCACGGUUACAUCAAAACCAUCUGUGAGUACUGAAAUUACAUCUGGGCCAUUCACUACCACUAAAGGAACAGCUGCAACACCUUCAGAGACAACAGCAUUUGAAUCCACAACAGCCACAAUUAUGACAACAAAAACACCAAAAAUAGUUACAUCGGGACCAACAACAUCCUCUACCACAGCUGUUGUUGAAACCACGACCACAGUUGCACAUGUUGAAACAACAGGUCAAGGAUCCACCACGGUUACAUCAAAACCAUCUGUGAGUACUGAAAUUACAUCUGGGCCUUUCACUACCACUAAAGGAACAGCUGCAACACCAUCAGAAACAACAGCAUUUGAAGAGACAACAGCAUUUGAAUCCACAACAGCCACAGUUAUGACAACAAAAACACCAAAAAUAGUUACAUCGGGACCAACAACAUCCUCUACUACAGCUGUUGUUGAAAACACGACCACAGUUCCACAUGUUGAAACAACAGGUCAAGGAUCCACCACGGUUACAUCAAAACCAUCUGUGAGUACUGAAAUUACAUCUGGGCCUUUCACUACCACUAAAGGAACAGCUGCAACACCUACAGAGACAACAGCAUUUGAAUCCACAACAGCCACAAUUAUGACAACAAAAACACCCAAAAUAGUUACAUCGGGACCAACAAAAUCCUCUACCACAGCUGUUGUUGAAACCACGACCACAGUUCCACAUGUUGAAACAACAGGUCAAGGAUCCACCACGGUUACAUCAAAACCAUCUGUGAGUACUGAAAUUACAUCUGGGCCUUUCACUACCACUAAAGGAACAGCUGCAACACCAUCAGAAACCACAGCAUUUGAAUCCACAACAGCCACAAUUAUGACAACAAAAACACCCAAAAUAGUUACAUCGGGACCAACAACAUCCUCUACCACAGCUGUUGUUGAAACCACGACCACAGUUCCACAUGUUGAAACAACAGCUCAAGGAUCCACCACGGUUACAUCAAAACCAUCUGUGAGUACUGAAAUUACAUCUGGGCCUUUCACUACCACUAAAGGAACAGCUGCAACACCUACAGAGACAACAGCAUUUGAAUCCACAACAGCCACAAUUAUGACAACAAAAACACCCAAAAUAGUUACAUCAGGACCAACAACAUCCUCUACCACAGCUGUUUUUGAAACCACGACCACAGUUGCACAUGUUGAAACAACAGCUCAAGGAUCCACCACGGUUACAUCAAAACCAUCUGUGAGUACUGAAAUUACAUCUGGGCCUUUCACUACCACUAAAGGAACAGCUGCAACACCUACAGAGACAACAGCAUUUGAAUCCACAACAGCCACAAUUAUGACAACAAAAACACCAAAAAUAGUUACAUCGGGACCAACAACAUCCUCUACCACAGCUGUUGUUGAAACCACGACCACAGUUCCACAUGUUGAAACAACAGGUCAAGGAUCCACUACGGUUACAUCAAAACCAUCUGUGAGUACUGAAAUUACAUCUGGGCCUUUCACUACCACUAAAGGAACAGCUGCAACACCUAAAGAGACAACAGCAUUUGAAUCCACAACAGCCACAGUUAUGACAACAAAAACACCCAAAAUAGUUACAUCGGGACCAACAACAUCCUCUACCACAGCUGUUGUUGAAACCACGACCACAGUUCCACAUGUUGAAACAACAGCUGUUGUUGAAACCACGACCACAGUUCCACAUGUUGAAACAACAGGUCAAGGAUCCACCACGGUUACAUCAAAACCAUCUGUGAGUACUGAAAUUACAUCUGGGCCUUUCACUACCACUAAAGGAACAGCUGCAACACCUACAGAGACAACAGCAUUUGAAUCCACAACAGCCACAAUUAUGACAACAAAAACACCAAAAAUAGUUACAUCGGGACCAACAACAUCCUCUACCACAGCUGUUGUUGAAACCACGACCACAGUUCCACAUGUUGAAACAACAGGUCAAGGAUCCACUACGGUUACAUCAAAACCAUCUGUGAGUACUGAAAUUACAUCUGGGCCAUUCACUACCACUAAAGGAACAGCUGCAACACCAUCAGAAACAACAGCAUUUGAAUCCACAACAGCCACAAUUAUGACAACAAAAACACCAAAAAUAGUUACAUCGGGACCAACAACAUCCUCUACCACAGCUGUUGUUGAAACCACGACCACAGUUCCACAUGUUGAAACAACAGGUCAAGGAUCCACCACGGUUACAUCAAAACCAUCUGUGAGUACUGAAAUUACAUCUGGGCCAUUCACUACCACUAAAGGAACAGCUGCAACACCUUCAGAGACAACAGCAUUUGAAUCCACAACAGCCACAGUUAUGACAACAAAAACACCCAAAAUCGUUACAUCGGGACCAACAACAUCCUCUACCACAGCUGUUCUUGAAACCACGACCACAGUUCCACAUGUUGAAACAACAGGUCAAGGAUCCACCACGGUUACAUCACAACCAUCUGUGAGUACUGAAAUUACAUCUGGGCCUUUCACUACCACUAAAGGAACAGCUGCAACACCAUCAGAAACAACAGCAUUUGAAUCCACAACAGCCACAAUUAUGACAACAAAAACACCAAAAAUAGUUACAUCGGGACCAACAACAUCCUCUACCACAGCUGUUGUUGAAACCACGACCACAGUUCCACAUGUUGAAACAACAGGUCAAGGAUCCACCACGGUUACAUCAAAACCAUCUGUGAGUACUGAACCUACAUCUGGGCCUUUCACUACCACUAAAGGAACAGCUGCAACACCUACAGAGACAACAGCAUUUGAAUCCACAACAGCCACAGUUAUGACAACAAAAACACCAAAAAUAGUUACAUCGGGACCAACAACAUCCUCUACUACAGCUGUUGUUGAAAACACGACCACAGUUCCACAUGUUGAAACAACAGGUCAAGGAUCCACCACGGUUACAUCAAAACCAUCUGUGAGUACUGAAAUUACAUCUGGGCCUUUCACUACCACUAAAGGAACAGCUGCAACACCUACAGAGACAACAGCAUUUGAAUCCACAACAGCCACAAUUAUGACAACAAAAACACCCAAAAUAGUUACAUCGGGACCAACAAAAUCCUCUACCACAGCUGUUGUUGAAACCACGACCACAGUUCCACAUGUUGAAACAACAGGUCAAGGAUCCACCACGGUUACAUCAACACCAUCUGUGAGUACUGAAAUUACAUCUGGGCCUUUCACUACCACUAAAGGAACAGCUGCAACACCAUCAGAAACCACAGCAUUUGAAUCCACAACAGCCACAAUUAUGACAACAAAAACACCCAAAAUAGUUACAUCGGGACCAACAACAUCCUCUACCACAGCUGUUGUUGAAACCACGACCACAGUUCCACAUGUUGAAACAACAGCUCAAGGAUCCACCACGGUUACAUCAAAACCAUCUGUGAGUACUGAAAUUACAUCUGGGCCUUUCACUACCACUAAAGGAACAGCUGCAACACCUACAGAGACAACAGCAUUUGAAUCCACAACAGCCACAAUUAUGACAACAAAAACACCAAAAAUAGUUACAUCAGGACCAACAACAUCCUCUACCACAGCUGUUUUUGAAACCACGACCACAGUUGCACAUGUUGAAACAACAGCUCAAGGAUCCACCACGGUUACAUCAAAACCAUCUGUGAGUACUGAAAUUACAUCUGGGCCUUUCACUACCACUAAAGGAACAGCUGCAACACCUACAGAGACAACAGCAUUUGAAUCCACAACAGCCACAAUUAUGACAACAAAAACACCAAAAAUAGUUACAUCGGGACCAACAACAUCCUCUACCACAGCUGUUGUUGAAACCACGACCACAGUUCCACAUGUUGAAACAACAGGUCAAGGAUCCACCACGGUUACAUCAAAACCAUCUGUGAGUACUGAAAUUACAUCUGGGCCUUUCACUACCACUAAAGGAACAGCUGCAACACCUAAAGAGACAACAGCAUUUGAAUCCACAACAGCCACAGUUAUGACAACAAAAACACCCAAAAUAGUUACAUCGGGACCAACAACAUCCUCUACCACAGCUGUUGUUGAAACCACGACCACAGUUCCACAUGUUGAAACAACAGGUCAAGGAUCCACCACGGUUAUAUCAAAACCAUCUGUGAGUACUGAAAUUACAUCUGGGCCUUUCACUACCACUAAAGGAACAGCUGCAACACCUAAAGAGACAACAGCAUUUGAAUCCACAACAACCACUAUCAUGACAACAAAAACACCAAAAAUAGUUACAUCGGGACCAACAACAUCCUCUACCACAGCUGUUCUUGAAACCACGACCACAGUUGCACAUGUUGAAACAACAGGUCAAGGAUCCACCACGGUUACAUCAAAACCAUCUGUGAGUACUGAAAUUACAUCUGGGCCUUUCACUACCACUAAAGGAACAGCUGCAACACCUACAGAGACAACAGCAUUUGAAUCCACAACAGCCACAAUCAUGACAACAAAAACACCAAAAAUAGUUACAUCGGGACCAACAACAUCCUCUACCACAGCUGUUGUUGAAACCACGACCACAGUUCCACAUGUUGAAACAACAGGUCAAGGAUCCACCACGGUUACAUCAAAACCAUCUGUGAGUACUGAAAUUACAUCUGGGCCUUUCACUACCACUAAAGGAACAGCUGCAACACCAUCAGAAACAACAGCAUUUGAAUCCACAACAGCCACAAUUAUGACAACAAAAACACCAAAAAUAGUUACAUCGGGACCAACAACAUCCUCUACCACAGCUGUUGUUGAAACCACGACCACAGUUCCACAUGUUGAAACAACAGGUCAAGGAUCCACCACGGUUACAUCAAAACCAUCUGUGAGUACUGAAAUUACAUCUGGGCCUUUCACUACCACUAAAGGAACAGCUGCAACACCAUCAGAAACAACAGCAUUUGAAUCCACAACAGCCACAGUUAUGACAACAAAAACACCCAAAAUAGUUACAUCGGGACCAACAACAUCCUCUACCACAGCUGUUGUUGAAACCACGACCACAGUUCCACAUGUUGAAACAACAGGUCAAGGAUCCACCACGGUUACAUCAAAACCAUCUGUGAGUACUGAAAUUACAUCUGGGCCUUUCACUACCACUAAAGGAACAGCUGCAACACCUACAGAGACAACAGCAUUUGAAUCCACAACAGCCACAGUUAUGACAACAAAAACACCCAAAAUAGUUACAUCAGGACCAACAACAUCCUCUACCACAGCUGUUGUUGAAACCACGACCACAGUUGCACAUGUUGAAACAACAGGUCAAGGAUCCACCACGGUUACAUCAAAACCAUCUGUGAGUACUGAAAUUACAUCUGGGCCUUUCACUACCACUAAAGGAACAGCUGCAACACCAUCAGAAACAACAGCAUUUGAAUCCACAACAGCCACAAUUAUGACAACAAAAACACCAAAAAUAGUUACAUCGGGACCAACAACAUCCUCUACCACAGCUGUUGUUGAAACCACGACCACAGUUCCACAUGUUGAAACAACAGGUCAAGGAUCCACCACGGUUACAUCAAAACCAUCUGUGAGUACUGAAAUUACAUCUGGGCCUUUCACUACCACUAAAGGAACAGCUGCAACACCAUCAGAAACAACAGCAUUUGAAUCCACAACAGCCACAGUUAUGACAACAAAAACACCCAAAAUAGUUACAUCGGGACCAACAACAUCCUCUACCACAGCUGUUGUUGAAACCACGACCACAGUUCCACAUGUUGAAACAACAGGUCAAGGCUCCACCACGGUUACAUCAAAACCAUCUGUGAGUACUGAAAUUACAUCUGGGCCUUUCACUACCACUAAAGGAACAGCUGCAACACCUACAGAGACAACAGCAUUUGAAUCCACAACAGCCACAAUUAUGACAACAAAAACACCCAAAAUAGUUACAUCGGGACCAACAACAUCCUCUACCACAGCUGUUGUUGAAACCACGACCACAGUUCCACAUGUUGAAACAACAGGUCAAGGAUCCACCACGGUUACAUCAAAACCAUCUGUGAGUACUGAAAUUACAUCUGGGCCUUUCACUACCACUAAAGGAACAGCUGCAACACCUACAGAGACAACAGCAUUUGAAUCCACAACAGCCACAAUUAUGACAACAAAAACACCAAAAAUAGUUACAUCGGGACCAACAACAUCCUCUACCACAGCUGUUGUUGAAACCACGACCGCCACAGUUAUGACAACAAAAACACCAAAAAUAGUUACAUCGGGACCAACAACAUCCUCUACCACAGCUGUUGUUGAAACCACGACCACAGUUGCACAUGUUGAAACAACAGGUCAAGGAUCCACCACGGUUACAUCAAAACCAUCUGUGAGUACUGAAAUUACAUCUGGGCCUUUCACUACCACUAAAGGAACAGCUGCAACACCUACAGAGACAACAGCAUUUGAAUCCACAACAGCCACAAUUAUGACAACAAAAACACCAAAAAUAGUUACAUCGGGACCAACAACAUCCUCUGCCACAGCUGCAUCAACCUUAGUUGUCAUAACAGGAUCAUCGUUUUCCUCAACUGCAAUUUCAAAUCCUUCUGUUUUAAACACAACUAUUUUACCCUCAACAUCUAGAGGUACAACUUCUAUUGCUCCUAUAACAGAGACUCUUCCAGGCAGCACGACUGUUUACGCAACUAGUGUAAGCCCCAGUGUAACCAAAACCACAGCUGCUUCACCAUCACCCCUUAUUACAGCCUCGACACGAUGUGUAUGCACUGUCAAUGGAGCUUCGCAUCAUGCUGGGGACUUGGUGUACAACGUCACUGAUGGGUUAGGGUGGUGUUAUGCUGCAUUUUGCAAUGCAUCUUGUGAAAUUGAGACACAGUCCAGUCCAUGUCCUGUGACACCAAGUGUGCCCACUACUGCACACUCUACAACUACAGUAUUCAGCACUACUACAAAGGCCACAAUUUCCAGCUCAGUACCUCUGACAACAACUAGUCCUGCCUCCUUUACUUCAAGUACAUCGAUAACUUCAUCUACUCAAAAUGUCUGCAAUGAUGUGUAUCCACCGAGACAGAAUGGAGAGUCCUGGGAUGCCGGCAACUGCACCACAGCUACGUGCAUUAAUGGGAAGAUUAUAACGAUGCCAACAGUCUGUCCUACUAUGCAGCAGCCCAUCUGUACCAAUGGACGCAGUGCUGUUAAGAUCUCUGAUGAUGGCGGAUGCUGCCCUCACUAUGAAUGUCGAUGUGUGUGCAGUGUCUGGUGUGGAUCCCACUACUUAACAUUUGAUGGAGAAUCCUACAAUUUCAAUGAGAAUUGCUCUUACUACCUGGUCAAAGAGAUUAUUGCUAAAUAUAACCUGACUGCUGUAGUUAACCGUGAUUGUGAUCCAUCAAGCAGUACAUUCUGUCCCAAGGUUCUUACUGUUACAUAUAAAUCUUUCAAAGUGGUUUUGACUCAGCUGAUGUCUUCAGGAAUAUCAACUAAUGUGGUGUUUGUCAAUCAGCAAAAGAUCUAUCCUGCCUAUAGCAAUUCUGUCCUGCGCAUUACUAGCACAGAUAUAAUCACCACAUUGGAGUUACAAGACAUCAGUGCAAAAAUAGUCUAUUCAGGCUCUUCAUUCAGCAUUGACCUUCCCUACUCCCUCUUUGAAGGAAACACAGAGGGACAAUGUGGUACCUGUGACAACUCCCAGAGCAAUGAAUGCCGUUCUCCAAAUGGCCAGGUGGGAAGUUGCUCAGACACUGCAGGCGAGUGGCAGGUCCCAGAUGCACCCUGUGUUAUCCCCACAACCCCACCAACACCCAGAACCACAUCAAACCCCCCACACUCAACACCACCUGUUUGUGAACCUGCUAUCUGUGAUCUACUAACUACCAGUUUAUUUGCACCAUGCCACAAAGUUGUACCUCCAGGACCAUUUGUGACAUCAUGUGUCUUUGACACUUGCAAUCUUGGCAAAAACAGCUGCUGCAGUCUGGAGGCUUAUGCCACUGAAUGUUCUAAUGAAGGAAUCUGUAUUGAUUGGAGAAAUGCUACCAAUGGGCUCUGUGAGCACAAGUGUCCAAGCAACAAAGUGUACAUGCCCUGUGGUCCAUCUGUAGAACCUACAUGCAAUAACGGAUACAACAUGGCAUACCAAACAGUGGCAUCCAGUAACAACACUAAGGAAGGUUGUUUCUGUUCUCAUGGUACCACAUUAUUCAACACAGUACAUGACAUAUGUGUUGACACCUGUGCCUGUGUUGGACCUGAUGGAAAACCCAAACAGCUGAACGAGACUUGGACAAGUGACUGUCAAACCUGUGCUUGUGACAAGGAUUCCAUGAGCGUCCAGUGUGAGCCUGUUCAGUGCCAGUCUGAAAAAAGUCCUAAUUGCAGUGAGCCUGGCCAACAACUGGUCAACAAUACAGUGAACUGCUGCACAACACAGUCAUGUGUUCCUAAAGGUGUAUGUGUCUAUAACAUGACUGAAUACAAGCCUGGUACCAAGAUCCCAACGCCAGACACACUAUCAGAACCCCCGCUGGAAGCACCAGAAGCACAAUCAAUGGCAGAACAAGCAUCAGUAACAACAACAACACAAUCAGGAGCUGGAGAAUCAUCACCAAUGUCAGAGUCAUUUACGCCCGGGCCCUGCCAGGAAUGUUACUGUGGCCCUGAAAUGGAUCCUGUCACCAAGCUGAACAUCAUUACCUGCGAACCUGUCGUCUGCAACAAAAACUGUUCUGCUGGUUAUGAAUAUCAGACUGAACCAGGAAAGUGUUGUGGAACAUGUGUUCAGAUGGACUGUAUUUUCACCACACCUGACAACGUGACAGUGCAUGUUAUUGAGGUCAACAGCUCUUACAUACCUCCUAAUGACAAAUGUGUGCAAUAUACCUGUGAGAAGCUCAAUGGACAGCUUGUUACCAAGGAAACCAAGACUACUUGUCCUCCCUUUAACCCCUUGGACUGUGAACCUGGCACUGAAACAACAGAUGCCAGCGGGUGCUGCAAAACCUGUAAGCCAUCAAACUAAAUAACUAAAUACAUGUUAAGAACAAAUCUGUGUAAGACCCAGAAGGAGCAGAGAAUCAUUGAACUGAACAACUGCAAGAGUGCACAGCCAGUUAACAUCACAUAUUGCGCUGGACACUGUGACAGUUUCUCCAUGUACUCUAUGGAAGCCAACACAAUGGUACACAAUUGCGAGUGCUGCCAAGAAGCCACAACAAGUGUGGAGCAGGUGGAGCUUACCUGUGCUGAUGGGUCUAAGCUGCAGCACAGCUACACCAUGGUACAGUCAUGCCAGUGCAUCAAAACAGAAUGCGUGGAAGGGACAACGCCCAAACCACAGCGCCGCAGGAGACGCUGAUCAUCAGUAACUUAAAUGCUUUACAAUGGCUAAGACCACCUUGACACUCUUUGUGCCUCAUUUUCUUAUCUCUGGUUAAGCAAAUGCACCUUUUCUGUAUCACAACAUACCACUGUGAUGUAAACUGUCUUUUCUUGGUGAUAAACAUUAAAGUCUUUCUGCAACAUGAACAUUUACACCAAGUCUUUGUGGGGAUUGAACAUAAAAGAACACAAAAGUUUGAAAAACACUUGCUUUUCAAAAUAAAAAAACAUAUGGAGGUUUAAGACUUUUUGAUGACAAAUUUGACA